UGGGUGAAUGUCACUUCAAAUAUAAAGAGAGAACACGGAACAAAUGACUAUUUGUCGUCUCCGAUAAGUGUAUUCCUACUUCUCGCAACACUUCUCGGCUCAGGAGGACCCAGGGGUAAUACAAAAGUACAGAUUGCUGAAGCCUUGGAACUUGACGAUUUCAAAGAACAUGAUAAAUUCGUUUCACGGAUGUUUGCCCUACUGUAUCAUAAUUUGACAGAUGAAAAGAGAAACGGAAACCAAAUUGUUUCCCUAGGAAAUGGAAUGUUUCUGAAAAAUGAAGUUAAUAUAAAACUGAAAUUUUUGACCAGGAUGAAAAAUAUAUUUUACAAUGACGUUUUUAACGUAGACUUCACAAAAACCGACGAUGCUACAAAAAAUAUUAAUGAAUGGGUCAGUAACAAAACAAAUAAAAUGAUUCCUACAAUCUUGGAGGAACCACUACCACAGACGACUGUUCUUGCAUUAAUCAAUACUCUUUACUUUAAAG